UCCUUUCUAUUCGACACCAUUAAAUCACUAUUAGAAAUGGUACACUCAUCUGCUGACACCUUUUCCAAUAUAUCAAAUACCCAGUUAUCUGUACGAUCAUUUAACAUGGACUCAAUAACCGCCAACUUUUCCAUUGACAGCAUUGGAAUAGACCCCGAUGUAGCUGAAAACGAAUUCAAUUUAAGCAUCUCAACAUUGAGUGAAACAGUUGAAUAUGUAAGAGGUAACCUAUCAACAAAUCCGUUUUUAACCAAUAUCAGAAGUCUUGCAAAUGAGGCGACCGCUUUUAUGGAUACACAGAUUCAUAGCGCUAACAAAAUAUUGAUAGUCAACCAAUGGAUUGCAGCAAUGAACAAUGUCACCAAUGAAUAUUUUGAUAAUGAUACGUGUGUUUCAUAUCUGGACUGUGCCCACCACUCUGUCGCUGCACUGUAUGAAAGUUUUACGGCUGUAAACGUUACAAACCAAACAGACAGUCUUCAAAGUAUUUCGGAAUUCGAGGAUGAAUUUCUUCGUCUCGUUGGAAAUGGAUCACACACAAUUGUGGAUGUGGAUAUAAUGGCGGCGAGUUUAAUUGCAUGGCUUGACAAAAUACAGGGAUAUAACGUUUUUUGUUCCAAAGCGCCAGAAAAAAUUGCAUCGCUUCGUAAUCAGUCGGUAAGCACCGGAAGUGUCGUAUCUCUUGUUUGCAAUGCAACGGGCGAUCCUACCCCUACAUUCUGGUGGUACAAGGAUGAUGAAUUGCUAGACAACUUCAAUGGAAUGACACUAACAAUUGUUAACGCGACACCAAAAGAUGCUGCCAAGUAUUAUUGUGUUGCAGGGAACCUGGUAGCAAACUACACAUUUGACUUAGCUGAGAUAGCUGUAUUCGAAGAUGAAAUACGUCCAAAAACUGGUUAUAACGAUACAGAGAGCUACCCUGUACCGCUACCACACCCUGUCUACACUGAUGGUAUAUAUUUAACACAGCAUAGCAUAUUUUUCCCCCUCGAGUUCUCCUUCUUCUUCUUCAUCAUCUUCUUUUACAGUCUCAUCAUCUUCUUGUCCUGCUUCUCCUAA